AUGCUGAUACUCAGGCUGUUGGUGACGUUGACCGUCUGCUGGAUGGCCAGGUGCGAUCUACUGGACCUGUACGUCCAGCACAUGGACGAGACAAUGAGAACAUUAGCGUACAGGAGCCGGCAUCAUCCGAAGGACAUAUCGUCCAGGAUAAAGAGGAGUCUGGUGGAGCCGGUGCUACGUGUGGGCACGUUCAAGAAGCAACGUCUGGACGUCGACGAGGAUUGGUACACGCAAUGGAAGGCCAGAAGGAAGGUCUCGUACGGAGAUGACGGUUUGGACUUCCCCAAUUCGAAGGAGGAGAACCUGGACCCGAAUCAGCACGAACUUCUGAACAACAGAACACGGGUAGCCAGCACCGAUCCUGAAGAGACAACGAUAGUGACAUACAGGAUGAAUGAAACGAUGGUGGACACGUUCGAUAUCGAGCUAUCGAACGAAGAAUCGUCCAAGUACAAUGAAACAGUAACAUUCUCCGAUAAACAGAGCAUCGAAGCGCUACCAGAGUCCAGAGAGGAGACCACUCAGAUAGAGGAUCUUCAGACGGACGACGAAGUCGAGGGGAACGAUCAGUUCGAGGUGAUCAGUGAGUCCGGUACCACGAGGCUGUUCGAUGAUCCUAUACUGAAAAGAACUCCGAAAUCGAGGGACAGAGUGCCCAAAAAGUAUUUACCACCGAUGGACAAGCUGGCCAAGCUUUUUCGCGGGACCAAACAUUUUGAUACGGAACAGAUGUAUGAUAACAGGCCCAGAAGAAGCGUCAAGGAGCCGAGGUUCACCAGACACGAAACCCUCGACGACGAUGGCGAGGUGAUCCUUGAAUGGGAUCCUUCGGACGAAGAGAUGGUCACGUUCAAGGUCACCGCGAAGACCUUGGGCUACGUUGGGAUCGGCUUCAACGAGAAGAAUCACAUGAAGGGAGCCGAUAUUCUUCUCGCCUGGGUGGACGAUCACACGGGCACCGUCAAUCUAUUGGACUCGCACGGGAUCGAGGAUCCAGACGCCGCCCUGGUCACAGAUGCGUCCCAAGAUGUCAAGGUGCUCGGUGGAUCGCAGAACGAGACGCACACAAGCGUGAUCUUCUCGCGAAACUGGCAAACCUGCGAUCCCCAGGAUCAUCGACUCACGGGAGACACUGUACGAGUCCUCUGGGCGCUGCACCAAACCGAUCCCGAACUAAAUACCGCGAUCUGGCCCGGAGAUAAGAGGGGUGGCAGAGCGCUCAGGCUGAAAACUCCUGCGCCUCAUUCACCCCCGCAGCACACGCAAGACGUGACAUAUUGGGACGUGAAAUUACAUCAGCCACCGGUCUCGGAGAACGCUGACACGACCUACUGGUGCAAAAUCUUCAGGGCUCCUCAUAAGGAGAAACACCACAUGAUCGGGUACACACCCCUGAUAGAGAAGGCAAACGAGAACUUGGUGCACCAUAUAAUACUGUACGAAUGCGCCUCGACGUUACCGAUACUGGGACAACACGCCAGGAUCGUCGGAGCGCCGUGUUAUAGCCCAACGAUGCCUCGAGAAUGGGAGUCCUGUUUGCAGCCGGUGCUAGCUUGGGCCCGUGGUAGCUCAGGGGAAUGGCUUCCGGAACACGUCGGUAUACCUAUCGCAGAGCACAGAGAGGGCUCCUAUUAUAUGCUGGAGGUGCACUACAACAACCCUGGCAUGAAGAAAGUGGUGGACAGCAGCGGGGUCAGGCUUCACUUGACCCCAAAGCUUCGUCCCGAAGAGGCUGGGAUUUUGGUCGCUGGGGUGGCCGUCAGUCCUCUUCAUUUGAUUCCCCCGCAACAGAGGGAGUACGCCACAGCUGGAUAUUGCACUCCUCAUUGCACCAAUACGAUGUUCCCUGAGACUGGAGUGAACAUCGUCUCGGUUGCUCUACACUCUCAUCUGGCUGGUCGACGUUUGAGCCUGAAGCACAUCCGUCAGGGCAAGGAAUUGCCCAGAAUCGUCCAAGAUAAUCAUUUCGACUUCGAGUACCAGCAGUCUCACACCCUGGAGAAAGAGGUCAAAGUACUACCAGGCGAUGAACUGGUCGCUGAAUGCGUUUACGGCACUCUGGACAGAACAAAACCGACUCUGGGAGGCUAUGCUGCGUCCCAGGAGAUGUGUUUGGCUUUCGUAGUGCACUAUCCCAGGACACCACUCGCGGCCUGUUACAGUAUGACGCCUGUCAAGGAUUUGUUCAAGACCCUUGGUGUGUACAGUUUCAAGGGCGUCACCAUGGAUCACCUGGAGAAGCUUUUCUUAACCACCAGGACCGAUACUGUGACGAUUCCUUCCACGGGUCAGUUACCUAUAUAUCCUGCGACCAGGCCUGGCGAUGAUAUCGAUGAGGACCUUAUCAAGGAGGCAAAGUCUGCCUUGAGAGCUAUGAGGGAUUACACGGUGGAGCACGAGAAUGAUAAUGUGUUCACGCGUCUUAUCAUCGAGGAACCUGAAGAAUUUAGAGGUCGAACGCUGGCGGAACACAUUUUAGCGCUGCCCUGGACCGAAGAGCUACUUUCGAGGUCCAUCGAGAAGAGUCUAUAUCAUGGCAGGCACAUGACCUUCUGCAGGAAAAGGGACGACAAAUUAGCCCUGCCUGCAGAUAUCCAGACGUUCCCAAACUACACGGCUCUGCCAGAAGUUAAUGAGACUAUGUGCAGCGAAAUCGGGAUUCCAUCCGGCGCGAGGAGAAGUUCAUUCGUCGAUCUUGUUCCGUUCCUUACAAUCGCGUUCGCAGCGAUCGUUGUUUCCUAA